CACACACACCUGUCUGUGCUGCCGGAGCUCUGAGUGAAACACACGGAUCCUUCAGGACCGUUUCUCCUCCUCACUUCUUCUUCUUCAGGACCUGCACUGUUCAUUUAGCAGCAGGAGAAACCUGCUUCCAUUAUUUUGCUUUUUCCUUUUGCAGCUUUUCUUCUUGGAAUCUCCGCAGCGCGCUUUUACGCACAGCCUGACGCAACACGUGCAGCGCGAGACGAGGAUUUCUGCGCAAACUGCGUCUCAGGACCCUCCUCCUCCUCCUCUUCAUCAUCAUCGCUCCAGGACUCGGCCCUCGGCCCGACAUUGUUGACGUUUCCAUGGAAACCCUGGCCCCAGUUUGGGCCCAUGACCCCUGUGACCUGAGCGACCUCAGAGAGAAGCAGCAGGCACCAGCGACCGAGUGGGAGUCUCACUGUGUCUUCAGCUGCUCGCCCCCUGCUGCUCGGGUGUGGACGGAGCAGCUGUCGCCGCACAUCCAGAGAAACAAACAGCUGCGGGACGUUCUGCUGCAGAGAGAGGAGGAGCUGGUGCGACUGCAGGAGGAGAACAACAAGCUCAGAGAGUUCCUCAGCUCCUCAUUCGUCAGGAGACUCGAGGAGAAAGCUAAAAAGCUAACAGCUGAUGGGAGGAGAAAACUGAAGAGAAACCUGAUGUACGUCAACGAUGAAGAAUCGCUCCAGGCCCGUGGUCAUCAGCUCACGGCGUCUCCGCAGGUCAGCAAGAGAGCCUGCAGGAACCUCACUGCCGAGUUCAGCUCAGAGUCCUCUCAAACCUCUGCCGUCUCCUCAGAGCCAAAUCUGGACCUGUGGGUUCUAAGAACACUAGGACUGAAGGACAGAGACACCAUCGAUACGUCCAACGAAUCCUUGUCCUCACCUGGACACAGCCUCAGAAGUUCAGUUUAUGAUGCCACGGUCACGUCUUCCUCGUCCUCUGGAUACACUUUGAACUCUCUGAGCCCUUCAGCUGCCGCUGCGACACACUCCUCUGCCCACAGCUUCUGCCAAAGCUCAACACUUCACACUGAGUACAUGUACAAUGCUGCCAAAAGCCAAGAAGUCAACUGUGGUAAUCCUGCCGAGUCAUCUCAGAACUGCACAACUUCUCCAGGUCAGCGCUCUGACUUCACGCAACUGAGCGGACGGCGCGAAGCUCCUGCAGCUGUGAUCAGGAGCCACGAUACAUUAACCAACUUCCAGUCCCCACUAAGAACAGAGAACUUCACCAAGUCACCAGACAGAGCCGAGAUCUGCUCCAUCACCUCCAGUCGAACGCAGUCCCUGGUGGGACACCCAGCCGACCGUCCAGCAUCCUGGUCUUCACUGGAAGACAGCCAGACACCAUCAGAGGGCACGAACCAGUUCGGUCCACUGGUAAAAAUAAUAAUUUUUUCUCCUGUUUCAUCUUCAAGUCCAGUCCAGAACCGACCCUGUCCUCCUGCUCCAGGCUGCAGCCCAACAAGCCCGUCAGCGGGCUCUCAGCCUGCCGCCGCGCCACAGACACCUCGCAGCCGGACAGAUUUGGCAUUCACUAUGUCGCUCAGUCCAUCCAGCAGCGUCAAGACCCACAGCUUCCCUCAGGGACAAGCCUUCGUCUCAAAGGACACAGACGGAAGGUGGAACUUCACCUGGCUGCCCAGACAAGGACCAUAGGAAGCUGGGUCAUUAUCCACCAAAAAGACUAUGAAGAAACUCCACGUUCCCUCUCGUUGUUCCCUGAAUAAAUGUCCCAGGACAAAACUGUCGAGAUUUCAGUUUCUUGAACUUGUUGCUGACUUCCUACUUCUGUCCUGGAUCUGGAGGUUCUGAUUAUACACAACAAACUGAGAAGCAAACAAAGACCUGAGCAACACUUCAGUCCCAUCAGGUGCUUUUGAUGGAACUUCUGAUAAUCUGCCUUCUGCUUGUGAAACUGACUGGAUCUCAUUCAGAUUUUGAAAAGGUUGUGGUGCAUUUUGUUCAAUGUCAUUCAGUAAGAAAAACGUUUGUUAAACUGUGGAACAAGAAUAACCAGCUUGUUGUAGGAUUUACUGUCACACUGUGGGGAUUACGGAUCAGUUUACAUUUUAGAUAAGUAGCUAAUUCACAGCAUGUAACGUUAAAAACAAAGAAGUGGGGUUGCUAAGGGGGCCGCCUACUGGCAAGAGGCUGUAACAGCAAAGGGAAAAGAGUUGACUAAUCAGAUUGAAAGGAAUAACUUUGUUAGAGUAGUUUGUUACUUUUUCAAUUAAAUACUUUUUAUAAUUUGAUGCACAAAUGUAGAAAACAUAAGAAGUGACCAGAAAGAGUUUCAGGGGAUUAAAUAGGCCUGAAAAACAAAUCUGAUUUCUUUAAUUUUCCUGAAGUGAAAUUUACUGACUGUUUAUAUCUAGAAGAGAAAAUGUCGCUGGCUGUUAAAAUAAAUAUAAAGAUCAUUGAUUCUAAUGCAGCACUGCUUUUAAGAUGUUAUUAUAUAAAUGUCUCUCAGCGCCUCCAACCCUGACGGACUCCCAGUGGCCCCAGGUUAAAAUGAACACAACUGCCUUUAAGGUUGUUUACAUGUUAUUUCAUCUGUGAAACUGCAACUCCACACCAGUUGGUGGCAGUAAUGCACCAAUUAUCUCUUUACUAAACUGCCAAUAAACCUGAAACAAAGAAAAAU